UCCCUCAUGAUCUCAUCAUCUUUCUUUGAAAUCCCUUCAAAACACAGAACAGAAGAAGAAAUUAAAGAUUAAAAAAAAGGGAAAAAAAGCUGCCCGAAAUCGAAAGGGUCUAAAUUUCCAUUUUGCCGUCACUAUUUUCAAUCCUUUGAACUCCCUUUUUCAAUCAAUCACCGACCCUUUCGGCCUUUACAUUUAGUUUAUUGUUUUGUCAAAGACAGAUGCGUGCAUUUGAUAUUUGCUGAGCAUCAAGUAUUCACACCUCACAUGAUUAAGACAGUCUGCUGAUCUCUUCGUCUUCUUCCGCUUGUCAGUCCCCUUUAAUCUUUUUCCUCCUUCUUCUCAUCUUGUUUUUCAUUUUUUCAGAAUCAUAACUUCGUUUACAUAACUGGGUACCUCUAUUUUUUCUUUUAUCUUGAGUUCUUGCCUGGAAUCUGCCUUUUGGUCUCUACUUCAACAUUUUGAGAAGUGGUUGGCUCAGCUAGACUGAAACUUUCUUGGCUGGAAUCUGCCUUUUGGUGGUCUCUACUUUAACAUUUCGAGAAGUGGUUGGCUCAGCUAGACUGAAACUAUCAGUUAAUUUUUACUUUAAGAGGAUAAAUGGCAUCCAUCGGGGACAUAGGAGUUGGGGCAGCCAUUAACAUUCUUAGUGCCUUCGCUUUCUUUCUAGUAUUUGCUUUACUUAGAAUACAGCCAGUGAACGACAGGGUCUACUUUCCCAAAUGGUAUAUUAAAGGCUUAAGAGGAAGUCCCCUGUCCAGUGGUGCAAUCGUAGGCAGAAUUGUCAAUUUGGAUUUCAGAUCAUACUUGAAGUUUCUGAACUGGAUGGUUGCAGCUUUGCGAAUGCCAGAACCCGAGUUAAUCGAUCAUGCUGGGCUUGAUUCUGCUGUUUACCUGAGAAUUUACUUGUUAGGGCUCAAAAUUUUUGUGCCCAUUGCAUGUCUGGCCUUCACAAUCAUGGUACCUGUUAAUUGGACCAAUGGAACUUUGGAACGUUCUUCUUUAAAUUACAGCAAUAUAGACAAGCUUUCCAUUUCUAAUAUUCCCAUUGGAUCACGUAGAUUCUGGACCCAUUUGGUAAUGGCUUAUGUCUUUACCUUUUGGACUUGCUAUGUGUUGAGAAAGGAGUAUGAGAUUGUUGCCUCAAUGAGGCUGCAUUUUCUUGCAUCUGAAAAUCGGCGUCCUGAUCAGUUCACGGUGCUUGUUCGAAAUGUACCACCAGACCCUGAUGAAUCCGUUAGUGAGCUCGUUGAACAUUUUUUCUUGGUCAAUCAUCCUGAACAUUAUUCAGUGCAUCAGAUUGUUUAUGAUGCAAACAAACUCUCUAAGUUGGUCGAGGAGAAGAACAAAAUGCAGAAUUGGCUAGAUUUCUACCAACUUAAAUAUUCUCGAAACCAGUCCAAGAGGGCCACUGUGAAGACUGGUUUUCUAGGUCUUUGGGGAGAUCAGGUUGAUGCCAUAAAUUAUUAUUCAUCCAAAAUUGAAAGCCUAUCAAAAGAAAUAUCACUGGAGGCGGAUAAGACCGUGAACGAUCCAAAAUCAGUCAUGCCAGCAGCUUUUGUUUCUUUCAAAUCUCGUUGGGGUGCUGCUGUUUGUGCACAAACUCAACAGUCAAGAAAUCCAACUAUUUGGUUGACAGAAUGGGCUCCUGAGCCCCGUGAUGUGUACUGGGAUAACCUGGCGAUUCCUUUUGUUUCACUGGCAAUCAGGAGGCUUAUUGCUGGAGUUGCCUUCUUCUUCCUUACCUUCUUUUUCAUGAUCCCCAUUGCAUUGGUUCAGUCCCUUGCAAACAUUGAGAGUAUUGAGAAAACGGCUCCCUUCCUCAGACCCAUAAUUGAAUUGAAAUUCAUAAAGUUCGUUAUCCAAGGUUUUCUUCCCGGAAUCGCUUUGAAGAUUUUUCUGAUCUUUCUUCCAUCAAUACUGAUGUUAAUGUCUAAAUUUGAAGGAUUUAUUAGUCGGUCGUCUUUGGAGAGAAGAUCUGCCACAAAAUAUUACAUAUUCCUAUUUGUUAAUGUGUUUCUUGGCAGUAUAAUUACGGGAACUGCAUUCCAGCAACUUAAUAAUUUCAUCCAUCAGUCUGCAAACGACAUUCCGAAGACGAUCGGUGUCUCCAUCCCCAUGAAGGCAACUUUCUUUAUUACCUUCAUAAUGGUGGAUGGUUGGGCUGGAAUUGCUGCUGAGAUUCUGAGACUUAGGCCUUUGGUAAUUUACCACCUUAGAAACUUCUUUUUGGUGAAGACGGAAAAGGAUAGAGAAGAAGCCAUGGAUCCAGGGACUCUUGAGUUCAACACAGGCGAGCCUCGAAUUCAGCUUUAUUUCUUACUUGGCCUUGUAUAUGCUGUAGUCACGCCUCUUCUCCUUCCGUUCAUUGUAAUAUUCUUUGGAUUGGCAUAUAUCGUCUAUCGUCAUCAGAUCAUAAAUGUGUACAAUCAAGAGUACGAAAGUGCAGCAGCUUUCUGGCCCGAUGUCCAUGGUCGGAUCAUUGUUGCAUUAGUUGUUUCGCAGCUAUUAUUAAUGGGACUACUCAGUACAAAAGAAGCUGCUCAAUCAACUCCCUUGCUCAUCGCAUUGCCAAUCUUGACUAUAUGGUUCCAUAGGUUCUGUAAAGGCCGUUACGAACCGGCUUUUGUUCAAUAUCCAUUACAGGAAGCAAUGAUGAAAGAUACAUUGGAGCGAGCAAGGGAGCCAAACUUAAACUUGAAAGGAUUCCUUCAAAAUGCCUAUGUCCAUCCUGUUUUCAAGCAUGAUGAAGACAAUUUAGAAGUCGAAACGGAUUCUGAAGAUUGGCAGCCGGAGCCAGCGCUAGUGCCAACAAAACGGCAGUCACGUAUGAAUACACCGUUGCCAAGCAAGCACAGCGGUCCAUUAUCAUCUUCACAUUCUGAAGUUGAUGGAGGAGUUUCAUAACAUCCAGAAAUGGUGGGCAUGAGCUUGUAAAUGAUGAGUUAGAAUAGAGGUUUAGGAAAGUUAUUAAACUGACAAAUAGUGUGCAAUUUUUCUGUUCUGUUCUUAAAAUUCCAAAAAUUAAAUUGUUAUAUAGUGAAUUUGAAGUAAUAAAAUGAUAAUUUAACAUGGAAUUGUUUGUUUU